AUGGAAGAGAUGGCAAUGAAGGCGGAUUCGAGCGGGCGUGAAGUAUGGGUGGCUCCCGAAGAGGACUCAGGUCCCUUAACUCGACAGCGUUCACUCUGGAGAGUACCGCAACUAGGGCUGCUCGUAUUCGCGAUAGUAUUGCUGUAUUGGAAUGCGUGCCCUCCCAGCCACACGACGACUUCUGGCCGAUCUUUAUACGACACCACACCGGCCACCAUCGACUACGCCAGAUGUGAAUCGAUAGUCUCUUCUGAAGCGCGCACGUUCGGCUUCAACAUCUCAGACAGCGACGGAGCGGAAACCCAUUGGCGUCUAUCCGACUCAUCCAAUUCCACCGGUCGUCUCUCUGGUAUAAUUCACGUCCAGAGAGGCGACGUCGGCCAGACCUCAGAUAUCGAAGUUCGGCUCGAAAUCAAUUCCAGCUCUACUGCAGACUACAAGAAUGUUGUUUACAACCGAACUGCAACGGGCCUCAGCCUGGACUACCUUCCAUCCGACAACGACGAAGACAUUUGUACAGAGAUCAAAGUUAUGAUAUACUUCCGUCCAGAAUCACCCGUUCGUCUAUUGGAUGUGCUCGAGAUCAGGUCCGAGACAUUCGAUCUAUGGGUCCACGACUGGGCCUGGCAGAUCAACAACCUCAUCACACAUACUUCGCACGGCGAGUACACAUACGAAGGCGGCAAAGGCCCGGACCCGUUGCAUCCAGACAACAUCGAUUCCAGCUCAACAACAGGAGUCAUAUGGGGAUGGUACGGCUGCGAAGGUAGAUUCAAGAUACACAGCAAAAGCGGGCAGAUCGAUCUAAUGCUGGUACCGCGGUAUACAUUCAUUGGAAAACCCAUGCGACCUGAAGAAAUCGUGGUGUAUACAAUCAGCGGAGACAUCAACGUCGCUGCGCUCUGGGAAUAUUGGCCACAACAGCCUUUUACACAUUACACGGAAAUUCACUCGGCUUACGGCAAUGUAGUCGCGGAGAUACCACAUGGCUCGUACACUACUCUCGCGAGUAUCAGCGGCAACGUAAAAGCGUAUCUACGACCCUUUGCUGCCGUAAGCCCGGAUGAUGAAAGCACGAUUAAGACGACUACAUUGUAUGGCAAUACGGUUUUACAUCUGGAUAAUGCGGACCGAGAGCUCUUGGAUGAGUUGUACGAUCCCCUUCUCAGUACGAAGAGUGACCACUACGUCGGCACUGGUGAUUUGUACCUGCGGUACCCGUUUAGUUGGUUCGGGAAAAUGAAAGCGUAUGGGAAAAAGGGCUCGAUCAAGCUUGGGGGAAGUGCCCUAGAUGAGGUGGAGGAAGGUGAUAGGUUCGUUAAGGCUGUCAGAGGGAGAGGCGCAGGUAGUCGCAUGGAAGCGGUUGUUCAUAUGAGGGGGAUGAUGGAUGUCACACUGGGUAUUUGGGACACAGAUGAGUGA